UCCAGCUGUCGUUGGUGUCAGCGAGAGACCGGGUCUUCUUUUGCUCUAAACGCCAUGAUUGAGACGGACAGGCUGAAUCUUCUGGGGAGUGAACCUGAGUGGAUCACAGUACCCAGUGAAAGUGGUGCGGGACAGAGCAUUGCACGCUGUCCUCAAUGCCGGAUCGCUGUCUGGAGCGUUUACCUGUAUAACUUGGCCAGUGUCCAGCAGCGCUUGCGAAUCGUACGUGUUGGUACUUUGGACAAACCGGGCCUGCUCUCUCCAGAUAUCCAUAUUUGGACCUCUGAAAAGCAGCCUUGGAUCGUUCUUCAAAGCGAUGCAGUUGCCUUCCAGGACGGGACAUAUGAGAGGAGGCAAUUCUGGUCACAAGAAAGCCUCAAACGAAGAGAGAAAGUGGAGGAG